ACUGUGGGAGGAAGUUUGACCAAAAUAUUACUGAAACGUAGCAAAAUAUUGGCUGAAUUUUAUAUUUAUAAUCGCUUUUUUUAAGAAAAGAGAUGUGGUUUAUUUAUCUACUCAGCUGGCUGUCUCUGGUGAUUCAGAUCUCCUUCGUCACUCUCGCAAUCGCUGCUGGUCUUUAUUAUCUGGCCGAACUAAUUGAAGAAUACACAGUUGCUACCAGUCGAAUUAUAAAGUACAUGAUACUGUUUUCCACAGUGGUGCUGGUAUGUCUGUAUGUGUUUGAGGGCUUCCCUGUACUGAUGGUGACCACUGGUCUCUUCACAAACCUGGUUUACUUUGGGCUGCUGCAGAGCUUUCCCUACAUCCUGCUCACCUCUCCCAACUUCAUCCUGUCCUGCGCACUUGUGGUGGUAAACCACUACAUGGCCUUCCAGUACUUUGCAGAAGAGUAUUACCCCUUCUCUGAGGUUUUGGCAUAUUUCACCAUCUGCCUCUGGAUCAUCCCCUUCUCAUUCUUUGUGUCCCUCUCCGCUGGCGAGAAUGUUCUCCCAUCUACCGUCCAGCAAGGAGAUGACGUGGUAUCGAACUACUUCACUAAAGGGAAAAGAGGGAAGCGUUCAGGGAUUCUGAAUGUGUUCUCCUUCCUGAAAGAGGCGGUGCUUCCCAGCCGACAGAAGAUGUACUGAGGGGGGCGGGGUCUGGGGAAAGGGGCUGGGCCAAGGAAAGUGACUGCAAAUGAGCAUGGCCUGGAAACGGGGGAGGGGCUGGCCAGCACGCAGGAGCCCCACCUCGGAGCCCCACGUUCCCCUGCAGUGUGUUUCUGUAUUGUGUUUGAUUGUUUAGUAAAACCGAAUGAGCCAUGUCCCUGUGACAUGACAAUGUGCAGACCAGGAACCUGUGUUUACAGUCGCUGCUCACACCUGGGACACACAGUGUGUUUGUGUGUCUGUGUGUGUCUAUGUGCAUGCGUGUGUGUGUGUGUGUGUGUGUGUGUGUGUCUGUGCGUGUGCACGUCUGGGGGGGUGUGUGUGAGAGUGAGUGCGUGUGUGUCUCUGUCUUUGCAGUGUGAGUGGCUAUGUGUAAUGACUGUGUCUUGAGUGUGCUGGAGUGUGUGAGUGUGUGUCUCUAAGUUUACAUGUUUGUUUGUCUUAUGUGUGUGCGCGUAUAUCUGUAUAACUAUAACUUGUGCAUAUGUGUGUAUACAGUAUUUGCGUGUGUGCACAUCAGUGUGUCUGUGUGUGUAAGAUUUUUAUGUACUAAUUGACAUCUGUGAUUAUGCUUUGAUCAUGAAGUGUGUGGCUGUGUUCGAAACCACAUUCUUGGCAUACAAAUUUUCAAAGAAAAUCAGUCUGAAAUCUAAUACAAGUAGUAAGCGGUUUCAGACCUAGCCUGUGAAUCUGCCUGCCAGUACGUGAAUAGGAGGGGAACAAUCACAGGCAGUAACACUUGCACAUAGAAACAAAACAUUUUUUAUAUCAUGUUUUGGAUGCGUGAUUGAAUUUGAAUAAAUACUAUAAUGCCUAAUGGACAAGUAA